AACUAAAAAUAUUUGAAAUGUAUUUGAAAGAAAUUUGAAGAAUUAAUAUGAAUAUGUUUAGUAAUGGGAAAUUAUAAAUGUACAUAGAAGCACUCUAUAAUUUUAAAUUAAAAUAUCUAGAUAUUAUAUAUAAAAUAAUUUCAUAUUUGAGCUUCACUUUUGGUCCUACUACUGAUAAAUGAUUUAUGUAACACUAGUAAACAACUUCAAGAUCAAUUGAAUAUUUAUGUUGUUGAUUAAUAUGAAGUGAUGAAAUGAAGAUUUUAAAAAAUAAUUAAUAAUAUAAUGAUCAAUAUCGGGUGAUGAUGAUGGUAUAAGCUUAUUAUUGUUGAAUUUUGUCCAAUUUAUUUAUUAAUAGAUAUUUUUAUUUUCUCUAAAAAAAAAAAUGAAGACAGAAUCAAAGAAGGAGCAAGACGAAGUAGAAGCAUGUGAAAAGGCGAAAGAAGCGGCUGAAGCUAUUAAAAGUGGAGCAAAAGAAGUGAGGGAAACUUGUGAAUUCAUUAGAGACACUGUUGAAACCACUACUCAAUCGGUUAGCAAAGUAAUUGAAAAAGUAGAAACCAUGAAAGACAAAGCCCAAGGCUCACUCUCUGGAGUUGUCAAUGUGGCCCAGAAAGCUACCGAUGUUGUCAAGGAAUUUACCGGAGAUGAUGAUUAAAUCACAAAAGUGAAACUAAAAUUUUUAUUUUUGAAAAAUAAAAAUGUUAUACAACUACUUAUUUUUUUUAAUUUUAAAAACAAAAAAUAAAAGUGUGUUAUGUAAAUUUAAUUUUAAUUUGUUGAUUGUAUUUAAGUCGUGUCCAAUAGUCCAGGUUUAGGUCUGAGGUUGGGGUUCGAGUUCGAGAUCGGGGUUCGAGGUUUGGGCCUGGGUUCAAGUCUGAGGUCCAGGGUCGGAGUCGUGGUCUGAAUCUAGGUCCGUGUUAGGGUUUGGGACUAAGAUCCAGGUCCAAGUUAAGGUCUGGGGUCUAGCUAGGUCUCGGGUUCGGGUUUCGAGUUCGGGUCCGGGUCCAGGGCCGAGACCUAGGUUCAGGUCUAGGGUCCAAAUCUUGGUCUUGAGGUCAAGGUUGAGGUCAGAGUCCAAAUAACAUACCCAAAAUUUUUAAAAAUGUGACUCUCAAUUAAAAAAUUGAAAAAAUAAAAA